GAUGGAAAGACAGUUGAACGGAAAUCAGUAAAUACGGUUGUCAUCGAGUCUGGAGCAAAUCAUAUCGGCGUGCUGCAGACUCUUGAUGACCUACCUCGUGGAAUUACAGACUCUUGAUGACCUACCUCGUGGAAUUACAGACUCUUGAUGACCUCCCUUGUGGAAUUAUAGACUCUUGAUGACCUACCUUGUGGAAUUACAGACACCUGAUCACCUACCUUGUACAAAUACAGACACUUCAUCACCUGCCUUGUGGAAUUACAGACAGCAACAAGAGACUGCUGUUAGAGGGCUAAAACGUGUGUGUGUCUUUGUAUGGUAUGUACCAUGACAUCAUCAGAUCCCAGCAAACUCUUCAUCCUCGUCAUCCUUGUCAUCAUCAUCUGUCUCCCAGACAUUCUGAGACCCAGAGUAACCUUCCACUGUAUCACCUUUGACCCCUGCGGGCAUCAGGAAGUGACAACACAGUGUGACCCCAAGCACACUCCUCUAGACCAGAAGCCUGUCUGCACUGGUAACACUAGUAAUCCUGGUAACCCUGGUGACCCCAGGGAAAAUAUUUCCAGUUCCAAACUGACAUGGUUACUGUGUGACACGGAGACAAACCUGUCUGGUCUCCAUGGCAACACCCCGAUGUCAGGACUCAGCGUGAAGGCCUUGGUGGUGUGGGACAAGAGGAACAUGACCGUCACUCUGCAUAGCCGGAGGAUGGAGGAAGACAACACAGAGGGAAGGGAAAAGAGGGACGAGGAAGAGCAAGGCAGGAUCUACUGCUGUCUUCAGAACCGCCUCCCUUCCACACCCACCAAUCACAGUUCAUGUCUCAUUCAUGUCUACACCCAAGGAAACAACCACAAUGUGACAUCUGAUGUGCACACAUCAAACAGUGUUGACGACAUGUGUGUGCUGGUGUUGGCUGUGUUUAUGUUGUCCUCACUGACUGUGGUCUACAUGAAGACACAAUGCUGCAGAAAGGAGCGCAGUGUGGUCCAGACUAAGGAUGUCCGUCCAAACCAGGUGGUGGUCGGUGUCUCCCCUCAACUCUCCCAAGGGCUCCUGAGUAGAUACAGAACCUCACCGUGGACAAACCAGUUGUCCCCCAUCCCAGAAGAAACCAUGAGAGGAGACUGAAUUUGGCUCUGCAUGGUUACUAUGCCCUCUACCUCCGUCCCUACCACGUCACCCCUCCCUCUAGCCCUCUACCUCCGUCCCUACCACGUCACCCCUCCCUCUAGCCCUCUACCUCCGUCCCUACCACGUCACCCCUCCCUCUAGCCCUCUACCUCCGUCCCUACCACGUCACCCUUCCCUCUAGCCCUCUACCUCCGCCCUACCACGUCACCCCUCCCUAACCCUCUACCUCCACCCUACCACGUCACCCCUCCCUCUAGCCCUCUACCUCCGCCCUACCACGUCACCCCUCCCUAACCCUCUACCUCCGCCCUACCACCUCACCCCUCCCUCUAGCCCUCUACCUCCGCCCUACCACGUCACCCCACCCUAACCCUCUACCUCCACCCUACCACGUCACCCCUCCCUUUAGCCCUCUACCUCCGCCCUACCACGUCACCCCUCCCUAGCCCUCUACCUCCGCCCUACCACGUCACCCCUCCCUAACCCUCUACCUCCACCCUACCACGUCACCCCUCCCUAACCCUCUACCUCCACCCUACCACGUCACCCCUCCCUCUAGCCCUCUACCUCCACCCUACCACGUCACCCCUCCCUAACCCUCUACCUCCACCCUACCACGUCACCCCUCCCUCUAGCCCUCUACCUCCACCCUACCACGUCACCCCUCCCUAACCCUCUACCUCCACCCUACCACGUCACCCCUCCCUCUAGCCCUCUACCUCCACCCUACCACGUCACCCCUCCCUAGCCCUCUACCUCCGCCCUACCACGUCACCCCUCCCUAACCCUCUACCUCCACCCUACCACGUCACCCCUCCCUAGCCCUCUACCUUGUCGCUCCCAAAUAUGUCAGAGGACAAAGAAGAAAGGGAGAGAAGACAAGAAUUUCCAGAUUGUGAAAAAUGAUGUUAUUGUUUUAAUGGAUGAGACGGUGGAGUCUG